CAAGGCUUCACCAAAGUAAAGCUUGUAUACCUCCAUGAUACUUUUUUACAAAGUUGAGCGAUAUUUGGCUAAAACUGCCGAAAAUAUUUGAUCAUCACAUAUGUAGUGGAGGAAUUUAUGAUGGCGUCAGUGUCGUCUACUACGCAGGGGGAAGUGUCGAACCCAGUGGAAUCGUCUACACCAGUUAGCUCACAGUCUAACCUGGAUAUGCCCUUAGCACUCAGGAAAAGUCCCAGAGCAACUGCAGGGAUUAAAAAAGAACCUAUUAUAACAGUUGAAAAAAUGGAGGCAGCUCUCUAUGCAAGCAAGAAAGAGAGCCAAAUCAAAACAGCUAAUAAAAGGAAAUUAUCGAUGUAUAGUCCAACACCAAGUAAUACCAGCAGUAAAGAAGAUGAAACUCUUCCACCUGUUAUCAAGAAAAAGAAAAAUCCUAUUCCAAAAUCAGUGCGUGAGCUAGAUUCUCGCAAUGACUUUUACUGUUGGAUUUGCCAUAAAGAAGGAUCUGUAAUCUGUUGUGAAGUUUGUCCGCGAGUAUAUCAUGUACGAUGUUUGAAAUUAUCCAUAGAACCAGAAGGAGAUUGGUUUUGUCCAGAAUGUGAGGUGAUUAUUAAUAAAGACAUGAAGUUUUUAUGGAAAGUAACUAAAGCAGAAUGUGUCGACACGCAGUCUGAAUCAUUAUCUAAGUUGUCAUGCGACCAGUUCUGUAGGUUAUUGAUGUUUGCAUUACAGCGAAUGAAACAUGGCGGGUCUGAACCGUUUCACAAACCAGUGCAGUUGGAUCAGCAUCCGGAUUAUCCGGAGUUCGUCUUCUAUCCUAUGGAUCUCAGUACCCUAGAAAAGGCUUCUCAUUUCUGUGCAAGUAUUCCCUUGGUGUCGCUACCAGAGGACAUUGCAGCACAACAUAGACAUGGUAGUGGUACUGUAACACUUCAUUUUGAUUUUCAGGUCUGA